AUGGCCACUCUCGGCGGGCAGAGCAACGGUGAAGCUCCUCUCGCUCGUGCCAAACGGCUUCUUGAGAAGACGCCUUUAAUCGAUGGCCACAACGAUUUCCCGUUUCUCCUACGACAACAGCUGCAUAACCAGAUCUACAAGCAUGACUUCACGAAUAACCUCUCGAGUCAUACUAGCCUUGAGAAGAUGCGAGCGGGGAUGAUGGGCGGGCAGUUCUGGUCGAUCUACGUCCCCAAUCCAGAGGAAAUGCGUUUGAGCGUGCCUGGAGCUGAGCAGACCUCAAAUGGCCAUUCUUGCGGAUGCGAAGCCACUGCCCCGGUUGUUACGAGGGCGCUGGGUCUGAAUGAACCAAAUAUAGUAGCACAGAUUCUCCGACAGCAAGAUUGA